AUGAAUAGUUAAAUUAUAAAAUUUUAAUAUUUCAAAUAUAUUUUUGAUAAUUAACUCUUUUUAUUUUCAAUUUGUUUAUAUUUUGGUUGAAUAAGAAUCCUAAUUAUAACAGAUUUUUAUAAUCUGAUGUACUCUUUUUUUUUGUACUACAAAAUUAAGCAGCCAACAGAAAAAGUUGCGACCGUACACCGUUCAUUUUUUCCAUCUCCGAUUCGCCGGCGACGGCGCCGAUGAAUUCUCUGAACUCUGAUUUCAUCUCUUUUAUGAGUUCGAAUCAUGUGGAGCUGUAUCGUUUCUGAAUUCAUUGGAUUUUGAAUUUUUUUUAGGAAUAAGCCCUUCCCGUAAGCAAAUGAAAUACUAGAAGAUUCUUUUUUGAGGUGAAUAUAGUAGUAUUUAAUAUUUUUAAUAAAGGUUAUGGAGGCGCGUCCUGCUUUAUCUGUCCAGAGGACGGGUGCACAUGAACUCAGUAAUUUUGGAGCAUCAGGAGCUCAUUCUUCAUUACCUGUGCUUCAAACAAGCCUGGAAGAGAAAUAUCCUAAGUUGCCAGGAGCUGCCCUUUCUUCGUUUCCUUCAAACAGUGGGGCUGUCAGUCAUUUGUUUUCCUCACCAUCGGAGUUCUCGACCAAUCUUGACUUUUCAUCUGUUCUGCCUUAUGAUGAGCAUUUGGCACCUGCAACUUUCAUUUCUCAGCCAACAAUUAAUGAGGCGUCAAUUCCAUUAGCUAAUUCUGGAGUUCUUCAAGGUGCUGCAUCAAGCCAGUAUGUUAAUGUAAAUAGUGAAUCCUGGUGUACAGAGUUAUUGCCUGAUUACCUUGAUUACUCGGUAAAUGCCCCUGUCCAGAACACUCAGCUUGAUUGUAGAAAUUCAGGUGAUUGUCAGAUCCCACCUGAGGAUCCUAGUAAACAAAGUGAUUGGCCGGAAUGGGCUGACCUUGUAAUGAGUGAUGAUGAUGCUUUGACUUCUAGCUGGAUGGUUGAUACUAGCAUUGCUGAUGCAGAACCGAAGAUGCAAUAUCAGGAACAAAAUCAACCUUCUAAUUUCCCAGUACACCAAGUUCAACCAUUCCAGCAAAUUCCUACUGCAUCUGUAGAAACAUCUGCUGUUAUUCCUGCAUCUGUGGAAACAUCUGCCGUUGUUCCUGCAUCAUCCACUGGGAGUGGUUCUUCAUCGAAACAACGGAUGCGUUGGACACCAGAACUUCAUGAAGCCUUUGUAGAAGCAGUCAACAAGCUUGGUGGAAGUGAAAGAGCUACUCCCAAGGGUGUGCUUAAGUUGAUGAAAGUUGAAGGUUUGACCAUCUAUCAUGUAAAAAGUCACUUGCAGAAAUAUCGAACUGCUAGAUAUAAACCAGAAGCAUCAGAGGGUUCCUCUGAGAAGAAAGAGUCAUCCAUUGGCGAUUUGUCAGCUCUGGACUUAAAAACGGGUAUUGAGAUCACUGAAGCAUUGCGGUUACAGAUGGAAGUUCAGAAACAGCUGCAUGAACAGCUUGAGAUCCAAAGAAAUCUGCAGCUGCGAAUAGAAGAACAAGGACGAUGCCUCCAAAUGAUGUUUGAGAAGCAAUGCAAGUCGAUGCCUGGUAUUGACUUGGCAAAGGGCUCAUCAUCCAUGGCAGAGGCUGCCUCCGCACAGCUGAACGAUGCAGUUCAAAGUUCCUCAAAUAAAAAUGAUCCAGGAGCGUCACUGGUCGAUCAUCACGAAGCAGGAAGUCAUACAACACAAGAAGUGGUGAGGGAGAAGCAGAAAGAGCAUGAAAGAGAAGAUAUUACUAGCUCAUCAAAUUUGCCACCAACGAAACGUGCCAAGGUUGAUGAAUAAAACUUCUGCAAUUCACAAACCUUUUGGUAGGAUAUUAGAUUUUAUUGGUUACUGGGAACAUCAAACCUUUUGAGUAAAACCAGUUUUUAACAUUUUUGGUAUUCCUUCCAUAGAUUAUUCAGAUGGGCAAUGGAUUGUCCUUUAUUUUCAACAUACAUGAUAAAGAAAUGUCAACAGUAUUCCCUUAGUAUUGUUAAUACAUAUGACUAUUUAGAGAACUACAGAUAGACUUUGAAGCUGCAUUUUUAGCACUCCUGAUGCCUAAUUCUUGUUAAUUAA